UUUGUCUACUGGGUCUACUGACUCUACUGUCUACUGUAUACUGUAUAUGUUUUUUUGUCAACAUAUUUUGUGUCAAGGGUUUUGAUUUUUUUAUUUUUGUGGAACAUUAAAACAAUAAUUUUCGUUAAAAAGAUACAAUUAGAAAUGUUGACAAGACUUUUCAGAAAAGUACACAAAUUAAUUUCCAUGAAGUUUUGUACUUGUAACAUUUUAACUAAAGGAUAUGCUUCGGAAAAUGAAUCUGAAAUUAAAUUUUCUGGAAAGAGACUGGGUGAUAUGAGUUCAAAAUAUAAAAUAUUUCAUGAACAGGAUUCGGAAAUAAUAUUAGAUGUUUAUGAAGAACGGUUGAAAUAUUCAAAUUUACUAGAAGAUGAGCCAGAUGAUAAUUUAUUACCAGGAUUAAAUCUUGAACGAGGAAGAGAUGGUGUUUUUGACAUAGAAGAUUUAGUGGAAGUAUUAAAACGUGAAAACUCUAAAAAUAUAUUUGUUGCGAAAGUUCCAAGAGACAUAAAGUAUGUAGAUUAUAUAUGUAUUGUUAGUGGAAAGUCUCAGAGACAUAUGCAAGCUAUUGCUCAAUUUGUUAGAAAAAUAUUCAAAGAGAAACGCAACAAAAAUGAUAUUGUCCCUAAGUUGGAGGGAGAAUUCUCUAAAGAUUGGAUGGCACUAGAUUUAGGUAAUAUAGCGCUACAUAUAUUUUCAACAAAAUCGAGAGAGUUAUAUGAUUUGGACUCUCUUUGGGCUGUGGGGUCAAAGUUUGAUGAUGAAUACAAUAAAAAAGAACCUGUCUCGGAGAUGUUAGGUAAACACUCAUAUUUGGAAGGUUUAGAACCAGCAAGUUGAUCUAUGUGUCAUUGUUUAAUAUGUACAUUAUCUUUUGUAAAUAUUGCCAGAUAAGAUAAGAUAAACAACAUAAAUAUGAA